AUGGGCACUCAUAGCGGGACAUUCCUCCAUGACAAUGGAUUAGUUGACGCUUUUCUUAGAGAGCAUCUUCUCCACUGGAUCGAAGCCCUCAGUCUGAUAAAAAGCAUGUCAAGCAGUGUGUCUGCAAUAGCUAAGCUCACCAACAUGGUCAGAAAUGUGUCACAAGGGUCUAAACUUUUUGAGCUGAUCCAUGAUGUCCAUCGGUUUAUUUUGUUUAACAGAGGCGUCAUUGAGAAUGCACCAUUGCAAGUAUAUCACUCUGCACUUAUCUUUAGCCCAAGCGGCAGCUUGACACGAGGUCUUUUCUCAGAUGACGAGCCAAAGUGGGCCACCGCAAAGUCAGCUAUAGAUUCCACAUGGGGCGCCUGUCUCCAAACCCUGGAAGGCCAUAGUGAUGAGGUCAACUCAGUGGUCUUUUCACGGGAUGGCACUCGCAUCGCCUCCGGGUCUGUUGAUAACACCGUCCGGAUCUGGGAUGCCGGCAAUGGAGCAUGUCUGUACACCCUGCAAGGCCAUAGUGAUUGGGUCACGUCAGUGGUCUUUUCACCGGAUGGCACUCGCAUCGCCUCCGGGUCUUUUGAUAACACCGUCCGGAUCUGGGAUGCCGGCAAUGGCGCCUGUCUGUAUACCCUGGAAGGCCAUAGUGAUUGGGUCACGUCAGUGGUCUUUUCACGGGAUGGCACUCGCAUCGCCUCCGGGUCUGUUGAUACCACUGUCCAGAUCUGGGAUGCCGGCAAUGGCGCCUGCCUGUACACCCUGCAAGGCCAUAGUGGUUGGGUCGAGUCAGUGGUCUUUUCACGGGAUGGCACUCACAUCGCCUCCGGGUCUCGUGAUAACACAGUUCGGAUCUGGGAUGCCGGCAAUGGCGCCUGUCUGUACACCCUGCAAGGCCAUAGUGAUUCGGUCAGGUCAGUGGUCUUUUCACCGGAUGGCACUCGCAUCACCUCCGGGUCUCGUGAUAAGACUGUCCGGAUCUGGGAUGCCGGCAAUGGAGCAUGUCUGUACACCCUGCAAGGCCAUAGUAGUUGGGUCAGCUCAGUGGUCUUUUCACCGGAUGGCACUCGCAUCGCCUCUGGGUCUGUUGAUACCACUGUCCGGAUCUGGGAUGCCGGCAAUGGCGCCUGCCUGUACACCCUGCAAGGCCAUAGUGGUUGGGUCGAGUCAGUGGUCUUUUCACGGGAUGGCACUCGCAUCGCCUCUGGGUCUGAUGAUAAGACUGUCCGGAUCUGGGAUGCCGGCAAUGGAGCCUGUCUGUACACCCUAAAAGACGUUGGAUCUUCCAUGACAUCUGACGCCGGUACGCUGGGAAUGAUUGCAUGGAGAGGAACAUCCAACACCCAAAAGAUGUGGGAGACCCCUCAACAUCUCACUUACUGUUUGAACAAUAAUGGGACAUGGAUCACCAGCAAUAGUCAGAACGUGAUCUGGCUGCCAUCAGAAUAUCGCCCGAGAAGCUUUGCUCUUACAUCAAGCACUAUGGCCAUUGGAUGUCAAUCAGGUCGGGUUCUUAUAUUGGAUUUCUCUAACAAGGCGUCUCUAUGA